AUGGCCGCAGCACAGACCUCAAGAGUUCCGCCGAGCACGCGAUGGGUGUCUUUCGACGGUUGGGACUACAACGGCAUGAAGGAGCGUUUGCAGGGACUGCUCGCAAAGAUCGACAAGUCUGUACUUGUGCGCCACGCCGAGCUCAUCAAGGGCCAGGAAGUUACCAUGAGCCAGCCCUUCUCGGCGGGCCAGUACUGGAUCCGUUUCGAGAUGAUUGCCGAGGACGGCAGUCUGGUCAUUGCCGAUGAGGGAGAUGAACUAUACGCCAUUGCCUGCGAGGUCGCAACGAUGAAAUUUGUGAGGCAAAACCUCCCCGCCGUUACUAUUCCUCGUGUAUACGCCUAUGAGGGCCCAGGGUCGCAGCUUGCUGCCGAUGCCGGUGCCAUAUACAUGCUUUUGGAAGGCUUCUAUGGGAAUACCUUGCAAGAUGUUGAGUUCGAUAUGUGCAACCUAUCGGUACAAGCAGAACUGGCGACCUUGGCGUAUCCUUGGAUCGGUUCCAUCUCUUCCGUAUCAAAAACGGGAGAGCCUAUUAUUGACAGGUUGGCCACCGCCUCGGCCGAAGAGCUUAGGGACGAGGGGCCUUUCUCUAGUGCGGCUGAGUAUUUCACUGCCGUUGGAGACGCCGCAAUCAGCAAGCUGGAUCUGUCCGAUACGGAUUUAAAAGGCAGUUCAAUGUCCUUUACCAGGCUGGGUGCCUUUGUCUUUCGCGACAUCGUACAUAACACUGCAUUAUUCGAGGACAGUGACACUGAUGGGCGAUUUCCCCUCAAUCAUAUGGAUCUUGGCACACGGAACAUCCGUGUCGACAAGAACUUCAACUUCCUGGCUAUCAUCGACUGGGAGUUCGCCCAAACCGCCUCCUGGCAGGUCAACCACUACCCCAUGCCCUUUCCGUUGCUGGGGUCAGAGGCGGAGAUUGAAGGCAUUCUUCAGGAUCCCAAUCACCUUGCGCACAGAAACGUGUCGCGGCAGGAGUCUGCUCGAAGAAUGUACACCCAGAAGUUCCGAGACGCCGAGAUGGAACUUCGGCAGAAGGGACCGUCCCUCGGAGGGUCAUUCGCCAAAGUGUUGGACAGCCCGGCAUCAAGAAUAUAUGCUUGUUUCACCAAGCUCGGCGGCUUGCCGGAGGCGGAUGCGAGCCUCGUCUACGAGAUGGUGCGGCUUGCCUUUGGGUUGGAUGCCAAGGAGACGGAACGGUAUCUUCAUAAGAUAGACUGUAAGGCGAGAAGAUCAGAGGGCUGUCGAGGGCAAGGCAAGUAA